UUUAACAACAUUUCCCAGCAGCGAUAGGCAGUGACCGCGCGCCCCAGAUGGAAUUCACAGAUUUUUUGUUUGGUGUCAAACCCAGGCUAUCGUGGCGUCUGCAAUGCAGAAAAACCUGGAACCUGUUCUUUGACAAUACACGAUGCAGGAAAAGACGCUGCACGAGCCAGACGCCUUCCUUGCACUACAAACCACAAGCAGUAUCUCUCCAUGUUGUCGGACGAUUUACAAAGAUGUGCCGGGGAAGACGAGGGGGAACGGCAGAAGAUCGAACAUGGUGUGGGAACCUGGGCCUCAACAAUCCCAAUAUUCGUCCGAGUGUAUGACUUGGGUCAAUCCGGGCACCAUUAUUGCUCAAUUUCCCGGCCAAAUGCUUUAACGGAGAGCAAGUCCGUUUGUCGUUUUUCUUUAGGUCAUCAGACGAGUGGACCUGGGCAAGGCAUGUCUGCCGGGACCAGGGUGGAAAAGACGACCUGCGGCGCUUUUGCUAGCGGCGCAACCAGGGCCAACCCAGCGUCCGUGGUAUCAGCGCGGGACGCAGAUACCAGCCGAGCGCCCUGCAGAUCGAUAACUGCCAGGAUCAAGAGCACCUGGCUCCGCGAGCUCUGCUAUCAGCCCAAUAAACCUGGCUGGAAGAAAACGUGCAUGAACUACCCGGAAGGACGGCUAUUUUCGUUCAAUGAGACGGUCCACGUGAAGUUCUCGAGACAUAAAUUCUGUCAUGGCAAUCGGCCAGUCAUGUCUGAAAAGGGGAGGGGCAUGGGGGCGAGAGGUCGCGAACAGCCCGAGCCAAAGGUAUAGGAAGACACAACCGAGGUGACGUGACGACAGCCGAUGGGACACACCGUGGAAAAUUUCAUGGCUUGGCUUGAUUCUACAA